GAAAUAAAACGCAAUUUUUUCAUCGAACAGAGCAAGAAUAUGGCGAAUGAAACUCCCAGCAGCAGUCGACCCCAAUUGAAGAAAAGGCCGUCCUUUUCCAUUCCUUCAUCUUGUGCAGAGCAGCUGAGUCGAGUUACCAAGCCCACAGACAUUGAAGAUGUUCUCUUCAAUCUUCUCAAGAACGGAGAUAUGGUCAGCAUCCAGAAAUACUGGGCUGCGCUGCAAAUGACCGGUUUGAGGCAGACCGACCCAAGGUUGAAAGAGACGAAAUAUAACUUUGAUGACGUACAGGAGAAACACCUUUAUGACACUGAUGAUAGCAACGAUGCACGAGUUGACAGGGAAACAUUUAAAAAGUGUACGCAGGACAAUAUUGUAUUGAUUGGCAAAGCUUUCAAGAAUGAGAUGGUUAUCCCGGAAUUCUGGGAGUUUACAGGUCACAUAGAUGAGCUGUAUUAUUUGUGUCAGAAAAACACUUCAGGAACUCCUGCACAGUACAUUCCACAGCUGGCUAGAGCGGAUCCGAAUCUGUGGGGAGUCUCAGUGUGCACAGUGGAUGGACAGAGACAUUCGAUUGGUGACACAACAAAGCCAUUCUGUAUCCAGUCUUGUAGUAAACCCCUCACAUAUGCGCUUGCUAUGAGUGAGAUAGGGGUAGACGAAACACACAAAUAUAUCGGCCAAGAGCCAAGCGGUCGUUCCUUCAACGAACUUACACUAGAUAGUCGCAAUAAACCGCACAACCCGCUCAUAAAUGCAGGUGCGAUAGUUACAGCUGGGCUUCUGAAGAGGAAACUUCCCAUUUCAGAAAGAUUCGAAUAUACACAAUUAAUGUACAACAUUCUCGCGGGUGGUGAGUACACGGGAUUCAGUAAUCCGACAUACUUAGGCGAGAGAGCAACGGCUGACAGAAACUUUGCCCUAGGCUAUUACAUGAAGGAAUACGGUUGUUUUCCGGAGGGGUCAGAUCUGAUGGAAACAUUAGAAUUUUAUUUCAUGUUGUGUUCCAUCGAGAUAACAGCAGAAUCUGGAGCUGUUAUAGCGGCCACUUUAGCCAAUGGGGGGAUUUGUCCCAUUACAGGAGAAAAAGUCCUCUCAGGAGACGCUGUCAGGAACACUCUUUCGCUUAUGUAUUCAUGUGGAAUGUAUGAUUAUUCUGGUCAAUUUGCCUUCCACGUUGGCUUACCAGCUAAGUCAGGCGUAGCUGGGGCAGUUCUUCUGGUUGUUCCCAACCUAAUGGGCAUUUGUACCUGGUCCCCUCCCCUUGAUCAGCACGGCAACAGCAACAGAGGGAUCCAGUUUUGUCAAGAACUUGUGAACAAGUUUAGCUUCCAUAACUAUGACAACCUGAAACACACAACUAAGAAGAUGGACCCUCGAGUGAGGAAGGGGGAUAUCUCUGCAAAUUCCAUCGUUACCUUGCUCUUUGCUGCCGCUAAUGGAGAUCUGACUGCCAUGAGAAGAUUUGCCCUAUCGGGUAUGGACCUAACUGCUGCAGACUACGAUGGUCGUACAGCGCUGCAUUUGGCGGCAGCAGAGGGGCGGAUAAAAAUUGUCCAGUUCCUACUGGAAAGAUGUAAAGUCCCUGUUGAUCCAAAGGACAGAUGGGACUUUACGCCGGUAGAUGAUGCUAAGCGCUUUGGACAUGCAGAGAUUGUGACCUAUAUAAACAAAUAUAUUAAAGGAGACAUUGACAUAGGGUCUCUCUCUAUGGAAGAGUCUGGAAUAGAAGCCGACGAUGAGUCAAAUUCAACAUAA